AUGAAGUCCAUGAAUGAUCACAAUAAUAACAACAAUGGAAGCAAUAAUAACUGGUUGGGGUUCUCACUCUCACCCCACAUGAAAAUGGAGGUUACUUCUGACCCUCAUCAGCAUCAUCAUCAUCACCACUACAAUCAUCAAGGUCAGGCUUCUUCAGCUGCUGCUGCUCUGCCAAGCACCUUCUAUAAUCUGAACCCUCACCUCAGCAGUUCUGGACUCUGUUAUGGAGUUGGAGAAAAUGGUGGCUUUCACUCUCCCUUGACUGUUAUGCCACUCAAGUCAGAUGGGUCUCUAUGUAUAAUGGAAGCUCUCAGCAGGUCACAAACAGAAGGAAUGGUGGUGCCAAACUCAUCCCCAAAACUGGAGGACUUUCUAGGUGGAGCAAGCAUGGGAGCUGGUGACUAUGGAAGCCAAGAAAGAGAGGCAAUGGCUCUGAGCUUAGACAGCAUCUAUUACCAUGAAAAUGCAGAGGCAGAGCAACAUAUUCCAGUCCAUUCCCACCCAUAUUACUCUGGAAUUCCAUGCCAUGGAAUGUACCAAACACCAUUGGAGGAAGAAUCUAAGCAGACUCACAUUGUAGGCUCUGAAAAUCCCCAAAUGACUCAAAUGCAAGAGGGCUUGAAAACCUGGGUGGCUAGGCAGUACUCUGCUCAUCAAGCUCUGGAGCAGCACAUGAACAACAAUCUGGUUCAUGAUGGUGGAGGUUCUGGUUCUGUUAAUGGUGCAAUGAACUGUGGGGAUUUACAGUCUCUUACUUUGUCCAUGAGCCCUGGUUCUCAGUCCAGCUGUGUUACAGCUCCAAGGCAGAUCUCACCCACUGGAACAGAAUGUGUGGCCAUAGAAACAAAGAAGAGAGGUGGUGGGAAACUUAGCCAAAAGCAACCUGUACAUAGGAAGUCCAUUGACACAUUUGGGCAGAGAACUUCACAGUACAGAGGUGUCACAAGACAUAGAUGGACUGGUAGAUAUGAGGCCCAUCUUUGGGACAACAGUUGCAAGAAGGAAGGGCAAACUAGAAAAGGACGGCAAGUUUAUUUGGGAGGCUAUGAUAUGGAAGAGAAAGCUGCAAGAGCUUAUGAUCUUGCCGCCCUUAAGUACUGGGGUUCUGCAACCCAUAUAAACUUUCCAUUGGAAAAUUACACUGCACAACUUGAAGAGAUGAAGAAUAUGAGCCGGCAGGAAUAUGUAGCGCAUCUGAGAAGGAAAAGCAGUGGAUUUUCAAGGGGGGCAUCAAUGUACCGAGGAGUAACAAGACAUCACCAGCAUGGGAGAUGGCAAGCUAGGAUUGGCAGGGUAGCAGGAAACAAAGACCUGUAUCUUGGGACUUUUGGUACCCAAGAGGAAGCUGCAGAAGCUUAUGACAUAGCUGCAAUCAAGUUCCGUGGUGUAAAUGCGGUCACCAACUUUGACAUUACCAGAUAUGAUGUUGAAAAAAUCAUGGCCAGCAAUACCUUGCUUGCAGGAGAGUUUGCUAGGCGUACCAAAGAGAUAGAACCUAACAUAGAGGCCAAUGCCAUUGAAUAUAACCCAUCAGCACAGAACAAUGGGGAAGCCAACCAACCCGAAAUCAACAAUGGGAAUGGUCUAGACUGGAAGAUGGCCUUGUACCAAUCUGCACAGGAACAACCAACUAGCUGUGUUCAAACAGUUGAUCAGAAAUCAAUUGGUUCAUUGAAUUAUAGGCAUCCCUCUUUCUCAAUGGCAUUGCAGGACCUUAUUGGUGUUGAAUCAGUGAACUCAAGUCAGCCAUUGAUGGAUGAAUCUGCUAAGGUUGGGGCACAUUUCUCAAAUCCAUCCUCAUUGGUGACCAGUUUGAGCAGCUCCAGAGAAGCUAGCCCUGACAAAUCUGGCCCCAACAUGCUCUUUGCAAAGCCUCCAUUAGCAUCAAAGUUCAUCUGCCCUACUUCUGCAGCAGCUGCUGCUGUUAGCUCUUGGUUCCCAACAGCCCAGCUGAGGCCUGCUGCUAUCUCCAUGUCUCACUUGCCUCUUUUUGCUGCUUGGAAUGAUACCUAG